AACCAUGUGAAAUAAUUUGUCAACUCGCGUCAGCAGCUUUUGUCUAUGUUCAACAGACAGCUUUUAAAUUAGACUUUUAAUUACAGGAAGUCAUGAGCUUACAGGAAGAGGGUCCCCAGGUGCCCCAGCAGGAGACACUGCAGCAGAUAGCGGCCAGAAUAAUUCAGAAGGCCUGGAAAAGAUAUGUGUACAGAGAGAUCUUCAAGUAUUUCAGUGAGCUUAUCAGCCAUUGCAACCAUCAGAAUCCACGGACGAUCCUCAGAACUGUCAAUCCUCGAGAGGCAGAGUUGCUGGAUGCCGCUGCUGGGGUGUUCAUCAGAUUUCGACUCGGAGGGAUUACCUUUCCUCCCAACAUCUACUACAAGAUCUUCACCCAUCGACCCAUCGCGGACGUGUGUGCCAGCAGCCCAAAGGACUACACCCAGCUAGGCCUUAAGAAGCCUGUGGCCCGGCAGACCAACAAUGGCUCGCCUCUUAUGCUGGUGGACCGAUCGGGAUGGUACCAGCGUAUGGAGAACAACAGCUGGAGGCUCUUCUGUAGCAAGGUUGCUCCCAUGGGUGAGCCCAUAGAGAUUGGUGCAAACAAAAAAAUGGACUUUCAUCAUUCCAGGUUGCAGCGGCAACAGGAUGUAGACAGGUGGAGGAAAAAGAGGAAAAUUGAAUGGCUGAAGCAGAUGUAUAACCAUGGUCGUCUGCAGACUCAUUCAGCGCAUCGACACAUGGCGACGCUGGUGGGGAAUUCAGCCCAGGAAGUGAUGGCCACCAUUGAAGAGAAGGGAGAUGAAGAGGUACUGGAAUGGGAGCUGGAUGAGCUCCUGGCCUGGACCAACACUCUCAGCUUUGAGGAAUAUAUGGAGGAGUGGAGACAUUUGGCCUGCAGUCACUCCUCUGAGGCAAGCAGAGAUGUUCCUUCAUCUCCACCCAGGUUAGAGCCGCAUGAGUUUGCUGGUGUGGCUGAUGAAGACAGUUAGGGAAAACAGAAUAAGAACAUUUAUGCUGAAACCA